UUACAAUGGUUGAUUUCAUUGAAGAGCCAUUUACAGUUAUAUCUCCACGUUAUCAACAUAAAUUAUCAUGUAUUUUUCAUCGAAAACGUAAUCCUUAUGUUGAUGAUCAAAACCGAGAACAUAUUGUCAUAUUAUGUCAUGGUUAUUUGUCAAAUAAAAAUGCACUUUUUCUUCCGCAAUUAUCACGUGACAUAUCAGACUUGACUACAAAUCAAUUUCAUUCAGUUCGUUUUGAUUUUCAUGGUUGUGGUGAAUCAACUGGUCGUGAUGAAUGGGAUUAUGGAGGAUAUGAAAAUGAAGCUAAAGAUGAUUUAAGAAGUAUUGUUGAAUAUUUACGUAAUAAAAAUGAAAAAUAUUUUAUUCGAGGUCUUAUAGGACAUUCACGAGCUGGUACAACGGUUUUACUUUAUACUUUAUAUUAUGAUGAUAUACCAAUUGUCGUCAAUAUAGCUGGACGUUAUCGACUUGAACUUGCAAUAGGACGUCGACAAAAUCUUGAUAGAAAUCAAAUUGAAAACAUUCAUCAAGUAAAAGUUUUGAAUAUUGAAGCUGGAAAAGAUGAUGUUGUUCCCUGUGAUGAUAUAUAUUUAUAUCAAGCACAAUUAAAAAAUACCAAAAAAAGUGAAGUAGGCAUUGUACCGAAUGCUAAUCAUCUUUUUACAGGCAAAGAAAGAGAAUUAAUUAAUAUAAUUCAACCAUGGAUUCAACAAUCAAUUGAUUGA